AUGACGGCCACUCUACCAACAAGUGCACCGUCCAAUAUAUCUGUCCCAGCCAGUAUGACAUCACCAUCGCUAACCAGUUCACCAGCCAACAUGCCAGGCUCAGCAAAUAUGACAUCGUCACUGCUUACCAACCCACCAUUGAAUGUAUCCAACCCAGCCAAUAUGACAUUGCCACCAUUAACCAGUUCAGUGUCAAACGUCUCCGGCCCAGACAAUAUGUCAUCGUCACCACUAAGCAGUCUACCACCUAACACGUCAGGUCCAGCCUCUAUAACAUCGCCACCACUAACUAGCCUGCCAUCAUACAUGUCAGGUCAAGCAAAUAUGACAUUGUCACAACUAACCAGCUCAUCAUCGAACGUUUCUGCCCAAGCCAGUAUGACAUCGUCACUAUUAACCAGUCUACCAUCGAAUAUAUCUCUCCCCGCCAACAUGACAGCACCUCCACCAACCAGCCCGUCAUCGAACAUGUCAGACCCAGCAACUGUGACAUCGCCACCAGUAACCAGUCUGCCAUCGAACAUUUCAGAUCCAGCCAAUAUGACAUCACCACCAUUUACCAGUCCAGUAUCGAUUGCUUUUGGCCCAGUCAAUGUGACAUCGUCGUCACUAACCAGCCCUCAAUCGAACAUAUCGGGCUCUGCAAAUAUGAUAUCGCAACCGAUAACCAGUCCACUGCUGAAUGUAUCGGAACCAGUCACUAUGAUAUCUCCACCACUGACCAGUCCAGCAUCAAAUGUAUCUAGUCCAGUUAAUAUAACAUGGUUACCACUAACCAGUUCACCAUGGAAUAUGUCAGGCCCAGCCGAUACGACAUCGCCACCCUCAACUAGUUCAGCGUCGAACGCAUCCGGCCAAGCCAAUACGACACCACCUCCCCUGACAAGUCUGCCAUGGAAUAUAUUAGGUUCUGCCAAUAUGACAUCGACACUACUCACUGGGUCACCAUGGAGCAUGUCAGGCCCAGCCAAUAUGACAUCACCACCAAUAACCAGUUCACCGUCGAAUGUAUCUGAUCCAGUCAAUAUAACAGCACCUCCACCGACCAGCUCAGAAGCGAACAUAUCAGGCACAGCCAAUAUGGCAUCGCCCCCGCUUACCAGUAGACCAUUGAAUGUAUCUGAACCAACGACUAUGACAUCCCCACCGGUAACCGGCACACCAUGGAACAUAGCAGGCUCAAGCAAUAUGACAUCGCCACCGUUAAACAGUCAGCUAUUGAAUAUGUCUGACCCAGCAACUAUGACACUGGUACCACUAACUAGUCCACCAUCGAACAUGUCAGGUACAGUCGGUAUGACAUCACCACCGAUAACCAGUCAACCGUUGAGCGUAUCUCAGUGGGGCAGUAUAACAUCGACACCAUUAACCAGUCCACCAUCGAAUAUAUCUGGCCCAGCCAACAUGACAGCACCUUUACCAACCAGCCCGCCAUUGAACACGUCACUUUGGUCCAAUAUGACAUUACCACCUGUGACCAGCUCGUUGUGGAGCAUAUCAGGCUCAGCCAAUAUGACAUCGCCACCAUUAAGCAGUGAACCAUUGAAUGUGUCUGACCCAUCGAAUAUGAUAUCGGUACCACUAACUAGUCCACCAUCGCACAUGUCAGGUAUAGUCGGUAUGACAUCACCACCGUUAACUAGUCAACCAUCGAACAUAUCUGAUCCAGGCAUUAUAACAUCGGCACCAUUAACCAGUUCACUAUCGAAUAUAUCUGGCCCAGCCAACAUGACAGUACCUUCACCAACCAACCUGUCAUUGAACACGUCACUUUGGGCCAAUAUGACGUUCCCACCACUACCCAGCUCAUUAUGGAGCAUAUCUGGCUCAGCCAAUAUGACAUCGCCACUGUUAACUAGUCAACCAUUGAAUGUGUCUGACCCAUCGAAUAUGACAUUGGCAUCGCUAACUAGUCCACCAUCAAACAUGUCAGGUACAGUCGGUAUGACAUCACCGCCGCUAACCAGUCAAUCGUCGAACGUAUCUCAGUGUGGUAGUAUAACAUCGGCACCAUUAAUCAGUCCACCAUCGAAUAUAUCUAGCCCAGCCAACAUGACAGCACCUUCACCAACCAGCCCGCCAUUGAACACUGUAACUCCAUCUGCUCAAACAUAA